AUGGGAGAUGUAGUCCGAGGAAGGAGGCUGCGGCGCGGUGCGCAUGCGCACUGUGGUGCUCGGGAGGCGGCGUGUGGUGAGGCGAGGCCGCGGCGUGCACCGGGGCCGCUACCGGCACCGCGUGUCCUCCUCCCCCCCCUCCCCGUGUGCGUCCUCUCACCCCCGGCGGCCAUGUCCGGCGCGAGGGAGAAGAAGCGGGCCAAGAAGAUGAGGAACCAGCCGGCCAGCGUCACCAUGCCUGUUGAGCCGGGACCCGUGCCCGCCGGCGGCCCCAGGCCCUGCCCGCCCCCAGGAGAUGUUCGUUCCGAGCAGCAGUAUCAACAGCAGAAAUUUGCGCAUCAGUCAUCGGGGCCUCCCUACAGGAAAGACCAGUAUUUUCCCAGAGAACAAAAUAGAGGAGAGAGAGGCAGAGGGAGAGGAGGAGGAUGGCAAGGAGGACACCAUAGUGCUUCUGAGGAAAUACCUAGAUACAUAACAGUGUCUACCUUUGCUCAAGCUCGUGCUGCUGAGAUGAAAGCCAUGUUGAAAGCAGUUACGCAGAAGUCUUCAAACUCGCUAGUUUUCCAGACGCUACCUAGGCACAUGCGAAGGCGAGCUAUGAGUCACAAUAUUAAACGCCUACCCAGGAGGCUGCAAGAGAUUGCCAGGAAAGAGGCAGAGAAGGCUGUACAUCAGAAAAAAGAACAGUCGAAGACUAAAUGUCGCAAAGCUAGAAGGCGCCACGUGAAUUUGGUAGCAGAGUUUAAUCGCAGGCAAAGAAAGAAUAUUUGGCUGGAAACGCAUAUUUGGCAUGCAAAGAGAUUUCAUAUGGUAAAAAAAUGGGGAUACUGUUUAGGAGACAGCCCUACAGAGAAGUGCUACAGGGCUUGCUACCGAGCCAUGACAAAUCACUGCCUUCUUCAGGAUUUAUCAUAUUACUGUUGCCUGGAGUUGACUGGUAAAGAGAAUGAGCUUCUGAAGCAACUUGCUCGAAUAUGUAGUGUUGACACAGGAUUGACAUUUGGAGUGGCGCGCUGUCUGUCUGGAAGAUUCCAGGGUUCCCUGAAUCUUUACCGAGCAGAUCACUAUCCUGAGGAUACGCUUGGUCCCGUUACGUUUAUUUGGAAACCCAGGGAUGGGACUGAAAACAGACAGUUAUGGAUCUGGAUGCAUCCAGCUCUCAAACAGGACAUACUGAAUGAGUUAAAAGAAAUUUUUCAGUGCUCAGAGCCUGAAAAAGUCUGUAUUCCUGAGCCAGUUACAACGUCAGUUCAAGAGGAAGAACAAAUGGAUGUCAUUGUGAGCCUUGGCAAAAAAAGAAAGAAAGAGGAUAAAGAAGGAGAAAAAACUGUGCCAGUGAAAAAAAUAAUUGGUGAUGGCACUAGAGAUCCAUUGCAGUCCUACUCAUGGAUCUCACAGACUACUGGUGUUGUGAUCAGUGAUCGAACUAUGGAGAUUCUCAGAUACCGACUGAUCGGCCCGCUAUCACACUGUGUCCUUACAGAGACCCUGAAAGCUGCUUCGCUCCAAACAGAGAUGGCAGAUUCAGAAUCGGAACUGAAUAACUGGUGGGUAGAAAACUGCAAGGACUCUGAAAAAGUAUCUCUUCAUCAACGUCAAACUGCUAUCUUUGAGCUAUUAGAAGGGAUAAGUUCACCAUCAGAAAUGCCACCAGGUACAAUAUUGGGCCUCACUGUUGGAGAUCCUCGAGUAAAUCUGCCAAAAAAGAAGAGAAAAGCCAUGCCAGACCCUGAAAAAUACCAAGAUAAUGAUAAAGUUAGGCAGCUGUACCUGGAGGGUGUACCCGUUGAGUGCGCUCACAGCUUUAUCUGGGACCAGGACAUCUGUAAGAACGUCACUGAAAAUAAAAUUUCAGAGCAGGAUUUAAACCAAAUGAGAGCCCAGUUAUUGGUACCUGGAUCACAGCUCGAUUUGGGUCCUUGUGAGUCUAAGAUUCCCAUACUGUUGGUGCAACAGCCAGGAAAAAUGGCUGGAGAAGAUCGACCAGGAUGGGGGAGUGGCUGGGAUAUCUGUCUCCCAAAGGGCUGGGGCAUGGCUUUCUGGAUUCCUUUUAUAUAUCGAGGUGUACGAGUUGGUGGCUUGCAAGAGGCUGCAAAGCAUUCUGAAUAUCAGAGAACACCUCACACUCCAAAUGAUUUCCCAGAUUGCCCAGCGGGAAUGCAGUUUGCCAAAGAACUGGAAGCCACCCUUCUUGAAAAAUUCAAACGGCGUCCCCCUGCAAAAAGGGCAAAUUAUGUCAAGCUGGGCACUCUGUCCCCUUUCAUCUGUCCUUGGGGGCAGCUGACGAAGAACUGGGAAAGAAGAAUGAACGAUUCAGAAGAAUUUCUCUGCCUUUCUUCCCCACACUCUGAGCACUGUGCGACUGAAGGGAAUGGCUUUUGUGACCCCGAACCAGAAGUGGUCAAAGAAGCUUCCUCUGAGACUGGUGAGGUAGAGGAGACCAUGGAAAUCACAAGCUCUGAAGGUGCCAGAAAGAGAGAGGAUGAUCCAGGCAGCCAAAACUUUGGUGAGAGAGAUGAAGCUAUGACAAGAGACUUUGUUGUUCUCAGGAGCAAGAAGUUGCUAAUGCAGGUAGCAGCCUGGUGCUAUCCCACUUCUGGAAAAGAUCGUCGAAUCCGCCUUAUUUCCCGACUUGGACAAAAGGAAAUGACUGAAGAUGUCUUUUUGCCAAUCUUGAUGUGCUAUCCCAGGGCUCUCAUAUGGGUCAACUUGUCUCUCUUGAGAAAGGGGAACCCUGAAUUACAUGCCAUGAUUUGCAUCCCAACAGAAGAUGACUUGCUGCAUUUAAGCAAAGACAAACUCUUCUGCGGUCCUCAGGAACCCAAGCAUCGUGACAUAUUCAAGCACAAAGUACAGAAGCUAAAAGAGGAGAAAAAGAAGAAGAAGAAGAAGACAAAGGAGGAGGAGGAAGAGAAGAAAGAUAAUGUGGAGGCUCUAGAAAGUGACCCUCCCAGCAUUCUAGAUAAAGAAACAACUGAGGAACAUGAAGACCUCAUACUUGGUCUUUGGCCAGACACUCUCCCAGAUAUUACUUCGCACUGCUCCAGAACUCUCCUGGGAUAUGUCACUCGAGGGGAUUUUUCAUUGGCUGCAGGCUGUGGAGAAGCACUGGGUUUUGUUAGCUUGACAGGUUUGCUUUGUAUGUUACAUGGCCAGCCAGCAGAUAAAAAAGGGCUUGUUUUGUUAAGAACUCCAGCAUCUUUACAGUACAGAUUUGCCAGACUUAGUAUUGAGGUUUAAGUAUCAUUACAGUGCAGCAGAAUGCCAAAAAUACCAAAGAAUGUGUGUUAUGUCUUCUGUGGCCUUUCUGAGAUGCCUCAAAUUUGAGGAGGUGUUUGUGAGUCCCGGAGUCUUGAGGAGUAUGAAACAAUUGAAAAGCUUUGUAACUUUAUCAUGAAAAUAGCUGAUGCAUAAACAGACCAAGUAUUACUUCUGAUGUCUGCGCUGCUAAGGAUUUGUAACAGUAACUUAUCGAUUGUGAUCUUCUUUAUCUCUAAGAAGCACAUAGUUCAUUUUUCACCUCAGAGCAGUGGCUGCUAUAACAGUCCUUACACAGAAAAUCACAAGUUUUUCCUUUUUGAAAUCUUGUGGUCAGAUGGCUGAUAUGUUGAAACUUUCCAGUUCAGUGUUCGCGUACAAGCACGUGCCAUCUGGGUCUGUGUGUAUAGCAAGGGGCUUUUACCACUUCCUUGGGUCCGUGGCUACAGUGGAAUAGAGCUAAGUAGACAAAUCUAGCACAGAAAGCAGGUGAGGUACUCUGGUGGAAAAGCUCUGUGCUUAAAUGAAAUGCAAAUAAAAGAUUGUAUAAUCUUAAAUCAUAGCAACUGAAUCGCUUAAAUUGGAAAGCAUAUCAAUUUCUCUCUCAGUUUUGAGAGAGAGAGAGAGAACUCUUUAAAAGAUAGUAUAAGCCUUUCAGAUGUAAAUGGCUCUUGGUGGGUCAGCGUACAUUUUCUGUUAAUAAGUAGGGAUAUUUUGGUUCCUUAAAACAUGAAUUUAUUUUUGUAUGGAAAGUGCUGGGACUGAGGUUUUCCUCAAUUUACAAUAGGGUUUAUGAAUGUUGUUCAAACAGUCAUUAAACCUGUAAAGUGUGCAGGGGACAGGUAAGAGGAGGAAGGUAUUUGAUUUGGUUGGGGAAUGGUGGUUAGUUAGUUGGUUUUGUUUUUGGUUGGACUUUUCUUUUUUUCUUUUUCUAAUGAUAGCCUUAAACUUCCAGCCAUUCUUGAGUUAAGCAGCUUAAUAACGAGUUUACAGUAAUACAUUGUAGUUUAGUAGAAGCAUGAUACAAAUAUAUACCAGCUGGUAACAUUUACCCUGAAAUGAUCAUGACAAAUAAAAACGUAAUCUAUUCUUGAUUCAGGAGUCUACUGUUCAGCUUGGUUCUUUAAAAAACUAAAUACGGAUCAGUUAACGGUUUUGUCUUUCUAAGUAUCAGCCUGUAACUUAAUUCCUGCACUCACAGCUUUGUUUGAAAAAGUCUGAGGUGAAUACAUUAAUCUUGGGUGGAGUUUUUUGUUGGAGGAAGGAUUUAGAGUGCCUUAACUCCUUAAUUAUUAAAAUUUAGGGACAUAGUUGGAUUUAAAUAGGACACAUGCUUGGGGAAAGGAGGGGAACGUCUGUGACUACAAGUGAAGUAUGGGAAGAUUUACAGAUCGAUCUAGUUAAUUUAGGCUUGAACUCAUUUGUUGAGGAUUUUCCUGUUAAUUCUUCCCGGACAAGAAUGAUAGAUCCACUUCUCAGGUUUGCAAGUGCAGCUGGAUGGACUUUGAGCACUUUCCCAGCCACCGUGACCAAAGGUGCUUUGCAGCCACCUCCCGCACCGUGGGCAUCGUGCGGGACACACCGGCUUGCAGAAAGACCGCGGCUUCCGACACGACUUGGGAGUACAGCUCCAUGAGAAAUGGUGCGUGACCGUUCUCCUGCAGCGCACCUGAUGAAGUGACCAUGGCAGAAACACACCGAGAAGCCGGUCCAGCACCGCUUUGCUUUGCUUUGCCGGUAGAUGGCCCCAGAGGAAAAGGCUUGGUGCUGUGCUGGUCCGGGCUUCACAUGCUCGCCAUGUGACUCCGAGCUCUGAAGCACGUAGGUAUGUGGAAAUAAAGAACCCCUUAAACAUUA